GUUAAUGGAUAGAGUAACCAGUAUCAGUACCCUGUAAAGUUGCUUACAAGGAACAUUUCAGCUAUUAUGUCCUGGAUAUGGUAAAACGACGCAGGGCAAUUAUUAACUUAAGGAUAAUCUAUGAAAUAAGUUUACAGCAUGUUCAGGAAUUCAAGCAAAAGUUCCAGUGAACAUUCAAAUCACUAAAAUUACCAAAAUAUCUUGAUCUGAAACAUAUUAAUUAGCUCCUGACAAGAAACUCUAGCACUUGGAUGUUUCCAGUGGUCUUAAACUCUGCAACUUAUUGUCACCAGAAAACACAUAUAUUAAAGAAUAUAAUAAUUGAAGGAACAUGUCUAAUAAUGCAGAAAUCAUCAAUCUAUCAUUUUUAUUAGAGCAUGAAAAAGAAACAAUAUUGGGAGUAUUAAAAAGAGAUGAAUACUUGAAAAAAAUGGAAGAUAAACGAAUCAGAAAACUAAAGAAUCAGUUAUUGGAAGUGAAACGUAAAGGUGGACGGCAUCACCAGCAAGAUAACAGCAGGGUUUGCACUUGCUGUCAGAAAAAUUUGGGCUUAAUUUUUGACAGAGGUGACCACUGCCAAAUAUGUGGCCGGAGAGUUUGUAACAAAUGUCAUGUUUUAGGAACUGAUGGCAAUUGGAAGUGCACAGUGUGUGAUAAAAUUGCGCAGCUUAGGGUAGUAACAGGUGAAUGGUUCUUUGAAGAGAGAGCAAAACGCUUCAAGCAGUCCAAGCUCCUUGGAACUGAUAUUGUUCGGCAGUCUAUUCUUUGCAAAGCUCCAGAUUCUUCCCCUGAAUUCUUGGAAGGCAGAUCCAAAGAUCAUUCUCCAAAAACCUUAGAGGAUACACCAAAGCAAAAUAUAUUCACUUCAUUUACAAGUGGGACAAAAUUAGUUCUCACUAGGCCCAGGAAAAUAGGAAAGGUUCUUAAGGCAGUUACUAAAGAAGCUGGAAAUAUGAAAGCAGAAGAUGGUAAAAGCAUUAGCACAGACUCUGAUGUACAAUGUGAUCACAGUGCCAGCCAGGGGAACACCUUUCCCUUAGAUAGCCAUCUUCUUGGAGACAUAACUGGCAAUAUGAAAAAUGUUGAAAGCCAAAGCAAUGCUUCUACUCUACUCUACCCAAGGUCACCAGCACUGAGUGCAUGCAGCAUGACUAUUGACUACAGCAGGGAUUCUGAAUUAAAAAACAACAUUGUUAUGCCUAUCAGUGAAAGUAUCCCUGCAGAUUUAUCAAAAAGGCAUUGUAGGAAGAGUUCUAGAACACCUUCUGUGGCAAUUUCUAGGACAUCUUUUACAUCUGAUCGCAGUAGAUCAGAGAGAGAUCUCAGUGGAUCCUUUUCAGAAGGAAAUGAUACUUUAAGCUUAAGAAGUAAAUCUGUACCUGGAGCACUGGACCAUGAUGUGAACUACCUGAAUGAAGCAGAAGAGGAUAUGGAUGACAUUAUAGCCUCUGGCUUUUCAAAAAGGCAAAGUAAUUUGGCAAGUGGAUUUUCCACAAAUUCUCCUUCAAAUUCUGAGAGGAAAUGGAACUAUUUAAAUGUUCCAGAAGCAGAUGGUGAUACUACCAGCAUUAACAGUAUGAUGAGUGUUUACAGUGAAACUGGGGACUAUGGAAACGUGAAUGUUAGUGGUGAAAUUUGUCUGCAAAUCAGCUACAACUAUAAAACAGGAGGUCUUAACAUACUUGUAAAAAAAUGCAAGAACUUGGCCAUUGCUGAUGAAAAGAAACAAAGAACAGAUCCUUAUGUCAAAGCAUAUCUUCUGCCAGACAAGUCUCGCCAGAGCAAAAGAAAGACAAAAAUCAAAACUAAUAGCACUGAUCCAGAAUUCAAUGAAAUGCUUAAGUAUGUCAUUAGCCACACGCAGCUUGAGACUCGGACUCUGCAACUUUCUGUCUGGCAUUAUGACAGAUUUGGGCAUAACAGCUUUCUGGGAGAAGUAGAGAUUCCCUUGGACUCCUGGAACUUUGAAAAUCAAAUUGAUGAAUGGUUCAUGCUUCAGCCCAAGGUGAGAAGGUCCUGUUGGUUUAGAGAAGUGGCAUGCAAAUUUAUGAAGAAGUUGGAAUUCAUGGAACAAAGUGAAUUGACAACAAUCUAGCCUUUUUUUUUUUUGCACUAGACAGCAUUUUGUUUGUAAACAGCAAGCUGUAUGAAUAGGGCGGGGGUGGGGAGGAAUCACUUCAUUUGCUUUGUGAAGUUGAAAGCAACUU